GUUGCUCGUCGCUUGAGCUUCGCUGCGGCUCGUGCGUGAUGUGACGAUUCUUUGUUUAGUGUUUUUGUUUAUUUGUGCUUUCUGAAUCCUCCGUGGGAAAAGUUCGACUUCAGUGUGUGAUUUAUUAGCAUGUAGUGUAGUGUUUAAGAGGCGACAUGUUUCGUUGUAUUCCCAUUUUUAUUAAGGGAUGCAAUCGGCAAGUGGAAUAUGUCGACAAACGACACUGUUCUCUUACCACCGUGCCUGAGGACAUUUUGCGUUAUUCCAGGAGUUUGGAGGAGUUGUUCCUCGAUUCCAAUCAAAUCUACGAAAUCAAUGAGCACUUCUACCGAUUGCAUAAACUGCGGAAGCUUGGACUGAGUGAUAAUGAAAUCCACAGUCUAUCACCAAGCAUCCAGAACUUCAAAAAUCUUGUGGAGUUGGAUGUUUCCAGAAACAAUAUUUCUGACAUUCCUGAUACGAUAAGGUAUCUUCAAUGUCUCCAAGUCGCAGAUUUCAGCAGCAAUCCUAUUCAAACGCUACCUGAUGGCUUUGUCGAACUUGGAAACUUAACAAAUUUAGGUCUCAAUGAUAUGUCUUUGAUGGAUUUACCUAUCGACUUUGGCAAUUUAGGGAAUCUUGAAUCCUUAGAACUAAGGGAAAACAUGCUUAAGUCGUUACCUGAAUCUAUAUCACAUUUAACAAAAUUAGAAAGACUAGAUUUAGGAGGUAAUAACAUCGAUGAACUACCUCACCUAAUCGGUAAACUAUCUGCACUGCAAGAGCUGUGGUUAGAUCAUAAUGAAUUGCAGCACUUGCCACCGGAAAUUGGUGAGCUCAAAAAAUUAAUGUGUCUAGAUGUGUCUGAAAAUCGUUUAGAAGACAUCCCCAAUGAAAUCGGAGGCCUCAAUAGUUUAACGGACCUUCACCUCUCUCAAAAUGUUAUGGAAACAUUGCCUGAUGGUAUUGGAAAUCUAAGUAAAUUAACUAUUUUGAAAGUAGAUCAAAAUAGACUUCAAACUUUAAAUGAAAAUAUUGGAAAGUGUGAAAAUUUACAGGAGCUAAUAUUGACUGAGAAUUUUUUAAUUCAAAUUCCCCAGACAAUUGCAAAUUUAGUCAAGCUAACCAAUUUAAAUAUUGAUAGGAAUAGUUUACAUAGUCUUCCCUCCGAAAUAGGUAAACUAUCACAAUUAGGAGUUCUAUCUCUCAGAGACAACAAACUGAGGUAUAUACCCUCAGAAGUUGGGAACUGUUCUGAACUGCACGUCCUGGAUGUUUCUGGCAAUAGGCUGCAGUACCUGCCAUACUCCUUAGCAAAUUUAAAUUUAAAGGCCAUCUGGUUAUCAGCGAACCAAGCUCAACCUCUUUUAACUUUUCAGACUGAUAUAGAUGAGACAACAAAAGAACAAGUCCUGACAUGUUAUCUUUUACCACAGGUUGAAGAAAGAUCAGACAAAUAUAAUGGUAUUCUAAAUGGAAGUUGCAAUGAUGGAUAUAGUGUUGAUAAUGAUGGGCGUGGUAGUCGUGCUAGCGAUGAUGAAACCUGGUUGCAGCAUAAAGAAGCUACCAACAGGCUUUCAGUAAAAUUUUCAGAGGAUACUCAAACUGAAGAUGCUAAUAGAAAUAGACAAUUCUUUUCAGCCAUCAAGUACCAUUUAAGGGUUAACUCCCUUAUUUUUACUUCGUUUGUCAGGCAGAAUACACCGCAUCCAAAGGAAUUAAAAGCCAAAGCUCAAAAACUAUUUGGAAAAGCUAAAGUUAGUGAUACCAGUAGGGAAUUAACUCAAGACGAAAUGGAAGAAAUGAAAAGUAUCUUUAGGAAUGAAAGAAAUUUAAUGGAAACAGAGGCACAAUUCAAUGGGAAAGAAUCAAGUUCCUACGCAGAGUCGAAUUAUUCGCAAACAAUUGAGACUAUUGAAAAUAGAGACUCAGCUAAAUCAAAUUCCUCCCAAAUUUUAGCCUCUAGUGAACCUGGUGCUGAAUCGUGUAGUGAUACAUAUCAUAGUGAAUUCGAAGAUGAAAGCGAAAGAGAGGAAAGGCGUGUUGGAUUUGACUUUGAUGGUGUACCGUUGUCCACCGUUGAAGACUGUAAACCCAACCGCUUGCAUCGGAGGGAUACUCCGCAUCACUUGAAGAAUAAACGUGUGAAUCGUGCCUCCGAUUCUGAUUCGGAUAGGAACAAAGUAGCUGCCAUUUUAAGUAAUGUUUUAUCGAAGCAAAGAGAAGACUGCCCUGACAAUGCCAGUGAUGUUGCCAGAGAAAAACCGUACUAUUCUACCCCUCCGGAAUCUUUAAGCGGACAUAAUACAGAUCUAGAGGCAAUCGAGUCACGGGAAAAAAGGCUUCAUAUCCAUAUUGAAAGGAGCUCAGCGGGUCUUGGCCUCUCAAUAGCAGGUGGUGUUGGCUCAACUCCUUUCAUCGGGGAUGAUGAAGGAAUCUUUAUUUCUCGAGUCGCAGAAGGUGGGCCGGCAGAUUUGGCUGAUUUAAGGGUUGGUGACAAGCUGAUCUCCGUUAAUGGCCACUCGUUAGUAAAUGCAGAUCACUAUACAGCAGUAGAGGUUCUCAGAGCAGCAGGCUCAACUCUUGUUCUAGAAGUCACAAGGGAAGUGCCGGUUAUUCAACCCCAUGUCAAGACUGACCAUAGCUCAGGAAGUGUCGCAAGCACCAUCAGAGAUGGAGCAGACUCAGCGUGUUCGUCCAUCAGCACGAGUCGUGCCCCCAGCGCAGCAUCUCACAACUCGGCCAUCACAUCAGGAUUUGAGUCGGCAGGAGCCAAUCCACCAGAAAUGCUCAACAAGCCAAGCAUUGUGUCAGAAUCUACAAAAAACGUUGAAAUGCGUAAGCAAAUUGUCCAAACCACCCUGAUUCGUGAUCAGAAUGGCCUUGGAUUCAGUAUUGCUGGUGGAAAAGGUUGUCCUCCUUUUAAGGAUAACUCUGACGCAAUAUUUAUAUCAAGAUUGACAGAAGGAGGAGUGGCAGAACGAAAUGGAGUGCUUCAAGUAGGAGAUAAAGUCAUUUCAAUCAAUGGAAUAGACAUGGAAGGCGCACGGCAUGAUCAAGCUGUGACCAUGUUAACCGGUCUCGAGCGACACAUCAGGAUUGUAGCUGAAAGAGAAGUUCCUGUUCUGAAAGAUCCAAGUGCUCCAGCACAAAGUCCUGGACCCGAAAAAUCUCCGAAAGUAUUCGGUGUUCCUAAACCGUAUACUAGUCUUUAUAGUGCCAAUAGCUACAUGGCAAAUCGCCCUGGAUACCCAGGUAUACGGACGGGAGCUGCCUCACCGAGGGAAGUGCCAUUAACACCUCCAAAACCAGCGCCCCGCAAGUUGACCCCUGCACCAGGAAUCUCCACAGCUCCCUCCGCACAAGCGAGUUCGACUGCCACCGAAGGCUCCACAGCCGGCACUGCCGGAACAACGGCAGAGUCUGAGACUCAGGAGCACCCACCGCCAAAGCCAAUCACUAACGAGGAGUUCCAAGCCAUGAUCCCCUCUCAUUUUCGGUCGUCCCAGCCUUCCGAAAGUUCAGAUGAUCCAAAGGAGAAAGUGGUGACAUUGACCAUAAAGCAACCUCAGGAUCAUCUCACUAACGGGAUUGCGUUCCCAGACGCUCCAACCACUUUGGGAAAAGUGACGGAGACCAUCACUAAAAGUACUUUAACAGAAACUGUUGUCACACGAGUCACAGACAAUAAAUUAGCUAACCCUGUUCCUGUUAUCAUUGAGGAUGUAACACUUGUGAAAGAUGGUGGAUCCUUAGGUUUCAGUAUAAUUGGAGGAACUGAUCAUGUUUGCACUCCCUUCGGAAUGAAUUCUCCAGGAAUUUUCAUUUCUCACAUUGUUCCUGAAGGUAUUGCUGCUAAAUCUGGAAAGUUGCGGAUGGGAGAUAGGAUUUUAGCCGUUAACAAUGAAGAUAUUUCUCAGUAUACUCAUCAGGAGGCUGUCAUGGCUCUUCUCAAACCAACCUCAGAAAUCAUAUUAAAAAUCCAACAUGAUCCUUUGCCAGAAGGUUUCAGGGAAUUGACAAUCGUUAAAACCGAUGGAAGCAAGCUUGGCAUGCAUAUCAAAGGUGGUCUUAGAGGUCAUCGCGGCAAUCCAUUGGACAAAAAUGAUGAGGGUGUCUUCAUAUCGAAGAUCAAUUCUGGAGGGGCAGCCAAGAAGGAUGGCCGACUGAAGGUUGGAAUGAGGUUAUUAGAGGUGAAUGGAAUUUCACUUUUAGGAGCCACCCACCAAGAGGCUGUGAAUGCGCUGAGAAGCGCAGGACAAUCAUUGCACUUAGUCGUUUGCAAAGGUUACGAUAAAGCGGAAGUAGAGAGAUUGGUAAGCGAAGGAAAAUUAAACAGAGAAAAAUCACAAUCUAGAUCUCAUAGUGUUAGUAUGUCAAGUCUUGACCGAGAGUAUGAAGACUCGGAAAUCAUUAGACAGGAAGAAGAAAUGAAGCAAGAACUAGUUGAGUGGGAGAAAGAGGAUAGCGAAAAACGUGGCCAACUGGACUUGGAUCUCAUCCGAGAAAAAUCAACCCAGGAAAAGGUUCUAGAUGUUGUGCGAGCAGCUGAGCUCUUAGCCAGUGAUCCUGUGCCUAAACCAAAGUCCCCUGGGGGACCAAAAUCUGGUGAUAGCCUCAAGACAACAACAAUUGUUAUGAGCAAGCACACUCUGGGCCCUCAAAAUUCUCAAGAGAACAAACCUGAUGGUUCCAAGACUGAUCUUUCAUCUGCCACCCAAAAUGGUCCUGAUGUCAUUUUGAGUCCUUCGAGUCCUCGACAUUCCUACCCAUCCAGGUCCACCCACCCGUCCCCAGACCACCUCGUUUUCCCUAAGAUCUCCGCAAAACCCACCUCUCUAGACUCCGACCCCAUUGUUAAUGCGUCUCAGAUGAACGUACGAUCUUUAACCACUCAAACAUCUUCAUCUCUAGAAGAAACCUCCUCCUAUCAUGACACCCAUGUUACUUCAUCCGGUGAAACUACCUCAUCUCAUGACACCCAUGUCAACUCCUCUACUGUUGGCAAAUCAACAAAAACCGAAGGAUCUCAGUUCAGUGAAUAUACUCCUGUCUACCACAGUGAAAAAUCUCACCUGUUUGAGCAAAGUAAUCAGAAAUUCGAUUUUGAUACUGGUAGUAUUGAAGAGGACAUUUGCAGGAGGAUAGAAGAUAAAAUUUCGAAGGUAAACCAAGGCAAGCUCUUGGAAUCAUCAAGCUGCAUUGCCGAUGCCAUUAAAAUUGUCGAUAAUCUUCUGAUAAAAUCAUCUGUCGGAAGAAGUGAGCCAGAUUUAACGAGGAGUCCGUUGAGCUCAACACAAAAUGUUGUAAGCGAUUUGUUGUCUCAAAGUAAGGAUACAAGUAAAAGCGCUGAAAAUGUUGUCUGGAAAACUCCUGACAGCUCGGUUCUGAAGGAGAAAGAAGAACCAAAGCUAUCAACCCUACCAAAGACAAGUAAAAGCGUUUGGUUUUCUGAGCCGUCUUCUUCAACAAAAUCCGUUGCAAAAGAGGUGAGUGAAAAUUCAGCUAUUAUAAACUCCGCAACCUCCACAACUAUAACCACAUCAGCACCGUCUGUGAAUGAGGCAUCGCUCUUCCACACAACGAUGGGUUUCGCACCAUAUCCAUCUGUUGUUCAUUACUCUCCUUUUCCUCCAUCGUUCAUACCUCCAUCAUCAAUGUAUUUCAGUCCAUAUUACUCCCCUCCGUUUUCAUCUCAGUCUCCACUGAUGUCUCCAUACCCUCCGUCUGUUUCAAUCAACUCUCCUCCUCCGACCAGUUGCUACCCAAAUAUUCCAUAUUAUGUUCCACACUUACCUCCCUACCCGGCUCCAUUUUCUCCUCCCAUCCUCUCACCAGAAUCUCAAAGAUCUCAUAAAGUUGAACCAGUAUCAAGUACUAAAGGAAUUUAUAAGUCUACACCCGAUAUUCAUUCCGAGUCGACCAAUGCCCCUCUCAGUCCAGGGAGCCGUUCCAAAUCAACUUGGGAUAUCAGGAGUCCACAGAAAACAAAAACGAAUACAAGUGACAAUUUAUCCGAUAGUGGCACUUGGAAAUUUGAUAGUAAAAUUGUGAGCAACAGCAAUCUCAAGGAUUAUAAGUCAAGAUUCCUCAAUGUUACUUCAGAUCCUGAACUUAUGCCUAAAAAAGAUAAAGUUGAGCAACAACACUUGGAAAGCAAUAGAUCUUUUUCAAAUAUCACCAAAGAUGCUGAACAAAAGAACUUGGGCCAUGAAAGUUUCAAAUCAAGUAUGAAACCACCAACGAAAUUUGAGGUGAAAGUUGACGAUAAAGGAGUGAACUUCAAAGAGACCUUCGAAAGAAAAAAAGAAGAAACAACGACUGAUGAAGCAGGUAGUCUAGAAGCAUACACCAAGGAUGAGAGUAUUUUUCAGAACAAAUUUUUUACAAACAAAGCAGGCAAAGUUGAGUUUUCCAAAGGCUCUAAUUCCAACAAAUCAUCAUUCACUGUCAGUUCUGAAGGAGAUAAACGAACUUUUAAAUUGGGAACGGACUCAUCAAAUAUUGAAAAACUUGUCUCUAAUACUGGCUCAACAAAUCUAUCAUCAGUUACCAAGAGUGACACUUCAGAUAACAUCUCCUUCUCUGAGUGUGAAGUCACAGAUGAAGUUGUCAAGAAAAAUGAGAAAUUCACCAUCGAAACUAAAAUCUAUGAUAGAGCCAAACCUGAAACCAAACCGAAACCACUGCUCUCCGCAUCUAAACCAAGUGAAGACUCUCUCAUCAUCAAAGACAUCCUGAUGAAAGAAAGUAAGUCUCUGGCCAGUAAGACUGUUUCUGAGUCCUCAAAGGUGUACAACUAUCGUAGCAAUGAACAAACGUUUAAAGACACUCUGAAUGAAGAAAAGUCGUACAAAAUUGACUUCCUAAAGAACAACAUUGAAGAAAAACAGGCCUUUGACUUUGACACCAGCCGAUACUCAUUUUCAAAAUCACCUAUCAAAACCUCCGAACGGGGUCCAAAUGUCCCCCAAGCAGGGUCUCUGAGGAGAUGUCCCAGAUCCCCCCCUCCAAAACCAACUACUCCUCCACCUCCUCCACCUAUAAAUUACACAACCCUUCCGAAAACCUCUCGCAUUCCUUCCUGGGAAGAAUUCAUUCUCUCAACUCCCACUAUCACAUGCCCUUCUCGGGACAAUUCCUGUAGAUCUAACACUGGAGCUAAAAUCAGUUCGAGUAAAAAUGCAUGCUUAUCCUCAGAUUCCAAGCAGCUUCCUAUUUCAACGCCAGCCAGUCCUGCCAAACAAUCCAUCAGUGACAAGAAAAAGUUUUUCGAGAAAGCCAUGGAAGAGCAUCAUCACCCCUCUCCUAAACCAGGGCUUUAUUUGAAUCGAGAGAGGACUUUCAGUUUCCUGAGCCAAGAUGAACUAGAAAAGUUGAAGCAAGAAGAAGAAAAAAAAAUAGCAACAUUAUCAAAAGGCGAUUUAAAAUUGCUGCAAACUCACGCAGAAGAUUUUAUGGGUGAAGCCGGUGAAGAAGAUGAGGAAAAUGGACUAUCUGGUUCUGAUGCCUUUGUGAUACAAAACACCAAUGCAAUGCUGGCACCUCUUAAUCAAGAUGUAACCUCCCCUGGAGUCAUUCGAACUGCUAAAGCUGAAAAACGGAUGAAAAAUCGACUUAUCCAAGAUGGCUUGCUUACUGAUGAGGAAUUAGAUAAGGAGCUGUCGCGUGCAGAACAAAGAGCUCUCAAUGCUGAAAAACGAGCUGCGUGGCGGCAAGCUCGUUUAAAAUCCCUUGAGCAGGAUGCUUUACAAGCUCAGAUUGUCAUCAAAAAGAUAAGUGAAAUGAGCGAGACAAUCGACAAUAGAAAUAAUCGGAACAGUUUGGCCAAUGCCGAGUCCACAAUUAUCGAAAACGCGGUUGCUACACUCAACAGCAACAAUAUUAACAAUAUCAACUACAAUAAUGAUGCCAACAUAAACAGGCCAGCCACUCCAGAUGAAGAGAACAAUAUUGUUGAGUGGCUUCGCCCGUCAAGUGAAGAUUUCCCAAAAUUACUGAUGAGGGAGUCGCCUGGUGAAACGCGAGUUUGUGAGCGGGAAAAAGUUCUGGGCGAAACGGUGACGACUAAAACGGAAGAAUACUACGACGAGAAAACGGGCGAACGCAAAGUUCGUACGGUCGAAAUCGUCGAAAAGCUGAUAGAAAAAGAGGUUGAAACGACUCGAGAAAAGAUAAUCUCCCUGGAGUUAUGUUCGCCUGACAGCAAGAAUGACAAGAAUGAAGAGGAAGAUGAGGAGGAGUUUGACGGUGAGAACAAAGACGGUGCUUCUGUCACUGCCGCCAUCAAUGCUCAAACAACUGAUGAGCAGGCCUUAAAUAUUAGUAAAAAGAGGAAAAACAGGAAACGUGUCAAGAAAAAAUCCAACUAAGUUGUAGAUCUCAGGGAGCAGCUUCUAUGAGAAAGCUUGAAUUUUAAUUUUCCUGACAACUACAGCUAUUUUUUUAAUUGCAUUUAUUUUGUUCAUCUCAUAGAAAAAAGGGUAAUUGAGAUUUCAAUUUAUCCCAGCUCUAUGUGUGUCCACAUCACUUUUCUAUUAUGUUGAAUUCAAAUGACUUACUUUUAAUUGUGUUUCAUAAUUUUAUACAGUGUUAAGGCUUUAAAGUUAAAUCUAUUUUUAUAUAUAAUUUAUUCGUUUUUAUGAAAUUUAAAUUAUUUUGUUAGAAUAAUGCAAAGAUAAACUUGUAAAUAAAUCAUCAGAAUUGUGAGGAAGAUUCACAAUUAAUGCUGCAGAGAUGUCCUUCUUUUUCUUGUCUGAAGGUUUUGAAAUCUCGUCUUUGAAAGCAGUGACAGUUAAUAGCUGAAUUGAUAUGCAAUGAACAAUCGUUUCUGACCCAACAUUACUCUUCGUGUAUCUGCUAGAUUUUUGCAGGCCAGAGAGGUGUCAAAUCAUAGAAGAAUAAUUCUUGACUCUUAUUUUUCAAACUUCGUGUUUUAUUUUUAUUUUUUUCUAAUGAGAGCCGGAUGAAAGAUUGUGAAUUGUAAAUACUUUGUUGUGUACUUUCGUUAUACUAUCGAAUUAUGAGUCAAUUUCUGUAAAAAUAAGGCUCAUCAAUACUCAACAAUAUGUGCGAUCAAGCCUAAUAUUUUUGAUGAAUUGAUCAUAUUGGACUGUUUGCAAGAGCAUCUCGGGCAAAUCUCGUUCAAAUCAUCGUGCUUACUCUUUUACAUAUACAUACAUAUAUAUAUAUUUACAUAAAUCUGACAAUAAUAGAACUCUCAAAAUUAUUUAUACACUUUUUGUGCAAUUACACUAUACUUUGAAGUGCUUUGUUAUCCCUCCAUUUUUCAACAGAGUUUUUAUUUUUUAUUAGCAGCUCAAAUUAUGUGUUCUAAACUUUUUAAAUAGAAAAAGACUUUAGGCUGAACUUUUAUUUUCAUAAGUAAAAAUGCUGAGCAGUGCUUUUGGUAGUUCAUAUUGGAUCUUUUCAGAAGGUCUCAACUGUCUCUGAAGAUCCUCUGAAAAAAGUUUUAACUAUUUUAGCAUUUAAGAAAUCCCACGAAUUUUUUUAAAUCCGUCCUUAGCUGUGUUGAGAGCACCUUGAGUGAGAAAGCUGCAUCUCUUUAAUUUAUGUAGGUAUACCCUUAGUUAUCUAUAAAAUUGGCUCCAUUUUUCCUCCUCUCCUUCUUUUCAUGUAGAAACUAAUGCAUUUGGUGCAAUAGUUCAUUGAUUUUUCUUUUUUCUAACCUUUUUUGGUUUGUUAAACUUGUAUUAUGUGCAGUAUGUUUCCAGUGUCAAAUGUUUUUCUAUCAUUACAAUCAUUUGUGGAUGAAAUUAAAAAAAAAGAAAAAAUAUAUGUUUUUAAUUUCGCUAAAA